GGAGGAGGAAAAAGAAAAAACAGAGAGAGGAAGCGCAGAAAGUUGGUAGAGGAGCGAGGGGGCGAGAGCAGAGGAGAGGAGAGGACAGGGGUCGACCAGAUGGGAGGACGGGAGGAAAGGAUCGCUCGAGUGCGCGAUUAAAGGAGUCGGCAUGAAUAAACAAACAUAUGAAUCAAAGCCUACAAUAGAAGGCGUAUUAUAGGCGCGCGGCCGCGCCGCGUGGACGCGGACAAGACAGCAGCGGCGAAGAAGCUCCGCGGUGGAAGCGGAGGAAGGAGCGGCGUUUUUCGGUCCUUCCGCGGAGUCCAGCUCGCCGCAGCCCGGGUCGAGGCGUCGGCGCCCGCGGCCGGCAGUCCGCUCGCCAUGGCCGGGGCCAAGCCGGGGGUGCACGCGCUGCAGCUCAAGCCCGUGUGCGUCCACGACGCGCUGAAGAAGGGAGGCAAGUUCAUCAAGUGGGACGAGGAGCAGAACAGCGGGCCCCCCACCCUGGUAACCCUGAAAGUUGACCCAGAUGGAUUUUACCUCUACUGGACUGGAGGGUCCAACCUGGAAGUGGAGAUUCUGGACAUCGGCACCAUCAGGGACACCAGAACAGGAAAGUACGCCAAACAACCAAAGGAUCCAAAGAUGCGGGAGGUGCUGGGCUUUGUAAAGGGUGCAAAUGUCGAAGGGAAGCUGGUAACCGUCGUCCAUGGCAACGACCUGGUCAACAUCUCUUUCGUCAACUUCCAGGCUAUGCAGGAAGAUACAGCCAAGAUUUGGACAGAUGAGCUGUUCACUUUGGCCACAAACAUACUUUCCCAGAAUGCAUCACGGAACACCUUCCUCUUCAAAGCGUACACCAAGUUAAAGUUGCAGGUGAAUCAGGAUGGGAAAAUCCCAGUGAAGAACAUUCUCAAGAUGUUUUCGGAUAAAAAGAGAGUGGAGACGGCUCUUGAGCAGUGUGGUCUCGUGAAUAACAGGUUGGAGGGAUUAAAGCCAGAUGAUUUCACGUGGGAGGCCUUCCAGAAGUUUCUCGACAGCCUCUGCCUCCGGCCCGAGAUACAAAGCAUCUUUGAGGAAAGUGGCUCCAAGAGGAAGCCGUUUAUCUCUCUGGACCAGCUGAUGGACUUCAUCAACCGCAGGCAGCGAGACUCAAGACUUAACGAGGUGCUGUACCCCCCGCUUAAAAGAGAGCAGGUCCGACAGAUCAUGGAGAAAUAUGAGACCAAUUCCAGCCAGCUGGAGAGAGACCAGAUCAGUUUGCAGGCUUUCACUCGGUACCUGGGAGGAGAGGAAAACAGCAUCGUACCUCCAGAGAGACUGGACAUCAUCGACGAUAUGAACCAACCGCUGUCUCACUACUUCAUCAACUCCUCACACAACACAUACCUCACAGUGGGUCAGCUGACUGGUCUGUCUUCAGUGGAGAUGUACAGGCAGGUGCUCCUGACUGGCUGUCGCUGUGUCGAGCUGGACUGCUGGAAGGGCCGGCCGCAGGACGAGGAGCCCUACAUCACCCAUGGGUUCACCAUGACCACUGAGAUCCCCUUCAAGGAGGUGAUUGAAGCGAUAGCAGAGAGCGCGUUCAAGACCUCGCAGUACCCCGUCAUCCUGUCCUUUGAGAACCACGUCGAUUCGGCCAAGCAGCAGGCCAAGAUGGCGGAGUACUGCAGGACCAUCUUUGGAGACGCACUACUCAUCGAUCCACUGGAGAAAUAUCCGCUGGUCCCAGGUCAGGCGCUCCCAACACCUCAGGAGAUGCUGGGGAAGAUUCUCAUUAAAAAUAAGAAGAAGCACCAGCACCACCGACCCUCGAGCAGCGGCAGCAUACGACGCAGAGAGCUGGAGGAUCAGUCGUCACCCAACAAUGACUGUCCAUUGACAGACGGUGAGGGGAGCCAGCUCUUGUCCAACGGGGAGGAGAAGCUGGCUGAGGGGAUGGUCAAAGACUCCGAGCCUCGCAAGUCCAUCGGAGGCGAGGGAGAAAGCGAGGAGGAUGAGGAGGACGAAGCAGUGACGGAGCCGAAAAAGCCAAACACCGACGAGGGCACAGCCAGCAGUGAGGUGAACGCCACAGAGGAGAUGUCGACCCUCGUCAACUACAUCGAACCUGUCAAAUUCAAGAGCUUCGAGGUGGCGGCCAAGAGGAAGAAGUUCUUUGAGAUGUCAUCGUUUGUGGAAACCAAAGGCAUGGACACCCUGAAGAGCUCCCCUAUGAAGUUCGUCGAGUACAAUAAGAAGCAGCUGAGCCGAAUCUACCCUAAAGGCACGAGGGUGGACAGCUCCAACUACAUGCCUCAGCUCUUCUGGAACGUCGGUUGCCAGAUGGUGGCACUAAACUUUCAGACUCUUGACCUUCCGAUGCAGCUAAACAUGGGGGUGUUUGAGUAUAACGGUCGCAGCGGCUACCUGCUGAAACCAGAAUUCAUGAGAAGGACGGACAAACACUUUGACCCUUUCACGGAGAACAUAGUCGACGGGAUAGUCGCCAACACAGUCAAAAUCAGAGUGAUCUCAGGCCAGUUCCUGACGGACAAAAAGGUGGGCGUGUAUGUGGAAUUGGAAAUAUUUGGACUUCCGGCUGAUACAAAGAGGAAGUACAGAAUCAAAACAUCCAAUGGGAACUCGCUGGACCCUGUGUGGGAUGAUGAAAUGUUUGUGAUCAAUAAGGUGGUUCUCCCUACACUGGCUUCUCUGAGGAUAGCUGUGUUCGAAGAAAACGGCAAGUUUAUUGGUCACCGCAUCCUCCCAGUGUCGGCCAUUAGACCAGGCUACCACUACAUCAACCUGAAGACUGAGCUCAACCAGCCCCUCCUCCUGCCAUCCCUUCUGGUUUACACUGAGGCUCAGGACUACAUCCCUAACGAACACCAGGAGUACGCAGAGGCCCUGACUAACCCCAUCAAGCACAUCAGUGAGUUGCACAAGAGGGAGACACAGCUGGCUGUACUCAUCGAGGACAACAGUGAGCAUGUCCCCAUCCAGCCCAAAGAUGGAGAAGAGUGUGAAGUCAUUCCAGGAGUUCGACUCCCCUCCCCCUUCCACAACCUGCCCCCCUGCUCAUUGGAUGAAUCCCUCGACAUCAUCAAAUUUCCUCCACCAGGCGUGUGUGUAGCACAAAGUCAGAAGGAGGACCUCAUAGCCACCGUUCUGACAGAUGUCCAGGUCUACUCUAAAGAGGAGCUGAGGCAGCAGAAGUCCUACAUGAAGCUGCUAAAGAAACAGAGCAAAGAACUCAAAGAGCUGCGAAAGAAACACCUCAAGAAGGUGUGGAAUCUGAGUAAGGACCAAAAGAAUCGGAGUAGCCAGCUUCAAUCUGACACCCAGAGGAGACGCAGUCAGAUGGAGAAACACCUCAAACGUAGCAUCAGGAAAAAUGAACCACCGGAGCCGGUGCAGCGCGAGCUGACCGCGUUAGACCAGGAGCUUGAGAAGCAGACAGUCCAGCUGAGGGAAUGGCAGAUGCAGGAACUGCUGCAACUUCGACAAAAGCUUCACUUGCUGGAAAGAGAGAAGCAGCAAACACACCUACAGGAGGCCUUCCAGAAGGUAAAGGAGACGGGCCAUGAAUGUCAAGCGACUCAGCUGAAGAAGCUCAGGGAGUUGUGUGAGAAGGAGAAGAAAGAGCUCCAGAAGAUCUUGGACAGGAAGCGACAAAACAGCAUCACCGAAGCCAAGAGCCGCGACAAAGACAAGGCUGAACCGGAACUGAAUGAGAUCAACAGGAAACAUAUUCAAGAUUCUGUCACCUUAAUCCGCGGGCUGGAGGAGGCUCAGACCAGGAGACAGGAGAAGUUGAUGCUGAGGCAGCGGGAGGUGCUGCAACACAUAGAUGAGGAGCUUCCACUGCUGCAGUCCCAGUUGGAGAGGGAUCUGGAGGAAGAGUAUCGGCGACUACCGGAGGAAAUCUGCCAGCACCUGCAGCUGGAGCUCCAGAACAAAGGUCUCCGAACAGACGCCCUGUUCUCGCCCUUUUCCAACCACAGCAGCCCCAGCUCCAGCUCGGGGACGCCCUCCAACUGUUCCACGCCCUCUUACCCGUCAACGCCCAACCGGAGCACCUGGAACAGGAGCAUGGACAAUAGCACUGUCUCAUUGGCUGAUUCCACUUCCUCGUCCACUCCCGUCCUGUCAGAGGCGGAGGUGUCGUUCAGUUAAUGACUCAAAUUAUGACGUGUAAAAAGGAAAAUACAUACAUUCAACAGGGGUUUAUAAUGAUUAAUAUGUGGGAUAGUAAUGAUAUAGAUUAUUUACUAAUUUUAUUCCUUUUAUUAUUCCUUUUAUUACAGACGGUUUUGUUUGUGUCUACAGAGCUAUAUUGUUUUUUAUUUUGCAUUUUUUGUCAGAUGACACAUCAUGCCUUUAGUUGGAAGAUUUCAUAAGAACCAUAACCAAAAGGUUGUUUUUACAUUUUGUUGUUUGUUUGUUUUACAUUAUCUUGUCCUUUCAUUUGCAUUUCUUUGCAUCAUUUCUCUUUUGUUCUGGUCGGUAUGCUUUGCUACAGUUUUGCCGCACCACGGAAGCUUUAAAUUGUGUAGAGAAAGGAGCAGGAUUAUAUAACUUUACCAUAAGGGCAAGAAGGGGUCAAUCUCAUGACAAAUUUGUCACAACCUAUCUGUGUGCUACGAAUAAGUGUCAGGAAGCACAUGUCUCGUCCGCUUUUCAAAGUGAUCAAGCAUGGAAAGUGUGAGUAUCAAGAAGGAAUAUGAAGGAAACGAGGACUGAAUUUUUAACCAGAUUUUUAAAAAAAGGUUUGCCGAGCUUCGGUUUUAUCUGUAAUGUCAGUAGCUGACCAGUAAGUGGUGCUGCAGCCUUAGUUGUUAGAACUCAAUCAUCUACCAUGGUUACACACACGCAGAGACACACACACACACACACACACACACACAUGAUUAACAGCAUCAUUGGCCAGGAUCAAGUCUCUGGCCUUUAACCUUUGAUGUGAAUCUAAUCAAGUUUGAAAAGGGAGUGGUCUGUAUGUCACAAACACACACACACACUCUCUCUAAAAUUCUCAUCCCAUUCAUGCUACUCCCGUUUGAAAAAUAUAGGCGCACACAAACAUGUGCGUGCGUGUAUAUUUUUUAUCGAGGUUUAUCUCGAGGUGUGUCUGUGUGUUGCCAUAAGUUAAUCUCUUGAUGAAGCUCUGCUUUUGGUGGCUGUUAACACUUACUAAACGGUAACAGUCUGCUCAACGUGUGUGUCCGUGUGUGUCCAUAUGUCUGAGUGCAGAUAUUGUGCUACUCUGGCGGCCCACAGAGGAACAUCACAUGAAUGACCGCUGUGGGAGACCGACCACAGAUGAUGACUUCCAGCUUCAGUGUGACAGUUUCAUGUAAAACUGUACUGUGUACUAGACUACUGUCUGUUUUAGUUCAAAUCACCAAUUGUAGCAAACACACGGGGGUGUUCCUUCCCCUUCUAAACCAAACUCUGAUGUACUCAUUUUCUAGGAAUGAUCAUCGGCGUAUCGUUAGAUUUUGUCAUUAGUCCUCAGAAAGUUACCACUUAGACAAAAUGAUUUUCACGAGACUUGCAGACGUCCCUUUUUUUAUGCCUCAAAAUCUAAAGCCUUUCACUUAUUGCCAUCGUGUGUUGCUAUGAAAAACUGUAAUUCAGCUCUUCUGUUCCAGAAUUUACAAGACAGGAACAACUUUUAAGUGGAUUUUUUUCUUAUCAGGGUAAAUAUGCCCUAGGUACUUCAUUAAGCCAAAUAUUGAAUGUGGCAUUUUAAAGACAUUCAAAGUUAACGGUACUUUAAUUAAACAAUCUGGUUUUGUCUCCAUCAAAGCUUUUUCGCUCAGCUUUCAUCCAUUGUUUUUUUUAAAUGGUUCUUGCUUUUACUUUGUUGUCCACUGAGGGGUAAAAUGUUGUCACUCUGUUUAUGUGUAUUGUGUGUAUAUGCUUGGCUGUAUGUGAAUUUUACUACUGACCACAAGUGCUGUGGAGGGAUGGAGGUCGGGAGAGGUCAAGGGAGGCUGAGAAACUCUGUGUCGUCGUCGUCGUCGUCGUCGUGUCUCUCUCCUCCCUCCUUCAAUGAGCACUGUCUGCCUGUCUGUCUGAUUAUCCCCCUCUCAUGCGUGCACACAUACCCCUUGCAAGCUAUUUAAAUAGAUUUUUAACAACUUUUUCUUUUGUGGUUAUUUAAGUUUUCUUGGGGAUGGAAGAAGGUGCCGCUUUUAAUAAUUUGCAGUGUAAAUGGUUUUCAUAUAUCAAGUCCCAUUUAGUAUUUUACUGUGCCUGAAAGCAGCAUGCAGCCAAUAAGAGUUAUGAAAUGGUUUAAUUAAUAGCUCAUUAAGCAGCAGCAACAACAUACAAUCACUAGGGUCACUAGUGUCUUAAAAUGAAUACACUGACCUCUUGACCUCUGAUAACAUAACUCGCCUAUCUCGCUUUAGACACUAAUUAAAACAAUGUGCUAUGAACAGUGGGGAACUGCCUCCAGUCUUCUCACAUCCAAAGGUUUAUUUGCCAUAAAUGUGGACACAUUCCUCAGCAGCUGUCUGCGUUCAGGGACGAGGUGGUCCAAGCCAUUCCAAAUCCAGGGGCAAGUAUUCAACGUAACACCUUCCGUUGUCUUAACGCGAUUUGUACAUUACUGCCAGGUACUCAACAGUGGGUUGUUUUUUGUCCAUUCUCAUUUUUAAGGUGAAAGAUCCUGUCUCAGCUGUUUUACUGCACUUGUAGCCCUCCUACUGUUUUUGUUGCCUGUAAAAACCUUGUGUUCCUGUGACAUCAAUACAACCACUUUGCAAUGGUU